CGGGAGUCCUCACUUGAGUCUUGUACUUGAGAAUUUCAAGGUACUUUAUUUAACUUCUGUCACAUCAACCGUAAUUUUGCAGCACAUAUAUAAGAGAUGGCUGCCAUCCGAAAGAAACUUGUGAUUGUUGGUGAUGGAGCUUGUGGCAAGACAUGCUUGCUCAUAGUCUUCAGCAAGGACCAUUUCCCAGAGGUUUAUGUGCCCACUGUGUUUGAGAACUAUGUGGCAGAUAUUGAAGCCGAUGAAAAGCAGGUAGAAUUGGCUUUGUGGGACACAGCUGGGCAGGAAGAUUAUGAUCGCCUGAGACCCCUCUCCUACCCAGACACUGAUGUUAUACUGAUGUGUUUCUCCAUUGACUGCCCUGAUAGUUUAGAAAACAUCCCAGAAAAAUGGACCUCAGAAGUUAAGCAUUUCUGUCCCAAUGUGCCCAUCAUCCUGGUUGGAAACAAGAAGGAUCUUCAGAAUGAUGAGCCCAGAAGGCGGGAGUUAGCUAAGAUGAAGCAGGAGCCAGUAAAACUUGAAGAAGGCAGAGAUAUGGCCAAUAGGAUUGGCGCUUUGGAGUACAUGGAGUGUUCAGCAAAGACCAAAGACAGAGUGAGAGAGGUUUUUGAAAUGGCCACAAGAGCCGCUCUGCAAGCCAAACGUGGAAACAAAAACUCUGGGUGUCAUUUGUUGUGA